UGUUCUGCACCUCAGGAGGGAAUUCAGCCUCAGUGAUGUCCAUGAGGCCUGUCCCAGGCUCUCUAUCUUCUCUGCUCCAUCUUCACAACAGACAGAGACAGCCCAUGCCAGCCUCCAUGCCCGGGACCCUGCCCAACCCUACGAUGCCGGGCUCUUCCGCCGUCUUGAUGCCAAUGGAGAGACAAAUGUCAGUGAACUCCAACCUCCUGGGAAUGCAAGGUCCAAAUCUCAGCAACCCCUGUGCUUCUCCCCAAGUCCAGCCAAUGCAUUCAGAAGCCAAAAUGAGGUUGAAGGCUGCGUUGACUCACCACCCUGCUGCCAUGUCAAAUGGGAACAUGAACACCAUGGGACACAUGAUGGAAAUGAUGGGCUCCCGGCAGGACCAGACGCCGCACCAUCACAUGCACUCACACCCGCAUCAGCACCAGACGCUGCCAGCCCAUCACCCCUACCCACACCAGCACCAGCACCCAGCACACCAUCCUCACCCUCAGCCCCAUCACCAGCAGAAUCACCCGCAUCAUCAUUCCCACUCCCACCUUCAUGCACACCCAGCACAUCACCAGACCUCGCCACACCCACCCCUGCACUCCGGCAACCAAGCACAGGUUUCACCAGCGACACAACAGAUGCAGCCCACCCAGACAAUACAGCCGCCGCAGCCCACAGGGGGGCGCCGGCGAAGGGUGGUGGAUGAGGAUCCCGACGAGAGGCGGCGGAAAUUUCUGGAACGGAACCGGGCAGCCGCCACCCGCUGCAGACAGAAGAGGAAGGUCUGGGUGAUGUCACUGGAAAAGAAAGCAGAAGAACUCACCCAGACAAACAUGCAGCUUCAGAAUGAAGUGUCCAUGUUGAAAAACGAGGUGGCACAGCUGAAACAGCUGUUGUUGACGCAUAAAGACUGCCCCAUAACAGCCAUGCAGAAAGAAUCACAAGGAUAUCUAAGUCCAGAGAGUAGCCCUCCCGCAAGCCCCGUCCCCACGUGCUCUCAGCAACAGGUCAUCCAGCAUAACACCAUCACCACUUCCUCGGCUGUCAGCGAGGUGGUAGGAAGCUCUACCCUCAGUCAGCUCACCACUCACAGAACAGACCUGAAUCCAAUUCUCUAAAAUCCGAGGGUCAGACCUUGCCUCCAAGAAGAGCUGUCGCAUAUCCUGCGUCCUUUCUUUUAAGGGCAUUUUUAGAAUUAACUCAGACCUGGAAGACUCCUCAGCCCUUCAAAGACUGGCUUUCAUUUUUAUAGUUAUUAUGGAAAUGUUGUCUUUUAUACUUAGUUAUAUAAAAAAAAGGGAGUUAUGCAAUUAAUAAUCUAUCAGCUUGGGAAAUGCUUUGGUGCUUUUCUCCAAUUUUCUGGUACCAGUUACUUGUUUAUAAACUGAACUCUUUCUGUAUAUAGUCAUGGUUUCAUUCUUAUCAGUCCGACCCUUUGCCUGAAAUGUUGAAUCUUGUUAAACCGCAGCUUUUAGCCAAAAUGAGGCAUACCUAGAUGUCCAGUAAACAGAUUGCAAGGCAAUUGCGGGAGAAGUCUGAUGAUGUCAUAGCUCAUGUUGCGUUUGUGCUGUGAUGUCACCAGAAUCCCAGAUAAACACAGAGCCUUUUCCACAACUCUGUUUCUCUUACUAUAAAAAAAGUAUAAGCUCCAUUGACGUCCAAAUAAAAUCAGCAAGCAUCUCACCACCUCUCUUCCUCCUCUUGGUCCACUUCCUUGAGGAAUUUUCCUUUCCAUUUCCACUUUUACCUGAGCUCCCUCUAUUUUUACUUUCUUGGGUUUUAUUUUUCCCCUUUAGCAUUGCAUGUAAGGAAGAAAAUACUGUUUAAAGGAAAAAAAUAAAAGCUCAUGUGGACCUAGCCAUGGCUUUCCUUGCCCCUGACCCACAGCUGGAGUUCAUUCAACUCUUGCUUUUACAAAAUAGUAACUGGGAGAUGUUUAAUGUGCCUGAUUUAAUGUUUUUAAUAAUCAGAGCAAAUAAAAGGUGGCUUAGCCAUAGGUGAAGCACGGUUGAAUGCCAGCUGUGGAGACACUGGGGAAGGGAGCUUUCUAAGCCUCAAUUGUGAAAGUCCAAAUUAGGAUGCAGGGCUAUAACAUCACACCCUUGAAUUACACCUGGUUUUAUAUGGCCCGUCUAUAAUGUUGAAAAUCCAUGUACUAUAUAGUAAUUCAGAAGGGCUGUAUUCACUACACAGAUUACAUUGUUCAGUCAUCAGCUGCUAAUAGCCUAAGAUUUAUUAUUAUUUUUUUCUUAAGCCUAUGGAACUGUCUUUGCUGUUCUGGUGGGUGAAAAUAGACGACCUACUGGAGGAACAAAGAGAGAAAGAAAACCUCGUGUUUCCAUAGAGGUGCUUUCAGCCCUCCCACAGCAGUGAAAGCACUCUUUGGCUGCUGAAAGAAUCCCAUGGAUGUGGCUACUCUGCUCUUCUGAAUAAUUCCGAUUUAUAUUUUCAGCAGCUUUCCUGGACUUGCCCAUUAUAAAAAAGUAGAUAGUCCGAACAAGCAGUUGUACCUCCUUGAAACAAGCCAUUCUACUGUGCUAAGGUUUUAAUAUCACAUCUCACAAAUAACAGGGGCUAAUGUUUUUCUCUAGUGGUCUAGGCAGGUGCUGGUGUUUCAUCUCCAUUUGAAUGCUUGACCUCUGAACGUGUGUGUGUGUGUGUGUGUGUGUGUGUGUGCGCGUGUGAGAGAGAGAGAGAG